GCAGUGUGGACCACCUCCCCGAACCGUUCGUAGAGGGGUGGUGUAUUUUUUAUGUUGUUUAUUUAUUUAAUUUCACUGUUUUUGAAACGAUUUGAUGUUCGUUUAGGUGGUUUAUGUCUCAACCAAAUAUGUGGCUGACGGAAUUCCGCCGUACUUCGCUUUCCUGACAUUGUGUUUGGAUAAUAUACUGGGGGGAGCAGAAGCCAUCGAAAAGUUUCCCCUUUGUACUGUACAAGAUAUAGCGAUAUGUGGAUAGUCGUAAAGUAAUGUGCCAAGGACUGUGAGAAGGAAGGAUAUAAGACACUCGGCUAACUGUUUUGCUGGUUAGCCCAUUCGCUAACGUUACUUAUCAACUGCCUUGAGUGUUUGCCUUGUGCUAUAUGGAUCCCUGCCACCUGAAAAGGACAAGCCACUGGGCUGCAAAUGAAGCAUGAAGCCGUGUCUACGGUGUGUUUUUUGGACCUCCGUGGUUUAAGUAAAAUUCCGAUCGGUCACUCCAAGGGACCCCGAGUCAAGGCUGGUCCUUCAAGGCAAGAGCAAGUCUGUUUGGAUAAUUUUGGUGAAAACGUGUUUGGAGCUGAGAUCCAUCGCAGUAUUUAGGCUAUUGACAGCCAGCGGAAGAAAAUAUUCAUAGUCGUGAGCCCAACGCAGGCUACACGGGGAUUUGGAAUAUUGGGAAUAUCGCAGCUCUAGUUGGACUCCAGUUGUGUUGGACUUCUUCGGUGAUCUCUUUGCUGGACUGAUUCCGAGGCUCCCUCCAUCCAUCCAUUCAUCUCUCUCUACCUCUGCAUCUCCUGGCUAGCUGACGCCCCUGCCGUGCAAGUACCAAGGCUAGCACAGGCCCACCACAGAAGCGCCUGUGCUCCGGGACUUGGGUCACGCCACGUCGGCUGCCAAAGACCUCACCAACCCCCCUCCCCUCCACCACUCAGGCCCUCUGAUGGAUCUCCAGUCUGCUCGUCUGCUGCUGGGGACUGUGCUGCUCGCCCUGACCGUGUCGUUGAGUCCAGGCUUGGCUGACAAGAUCUACACCAACACCUGGGCAGUCCACAUUAGCGGUGGGGCGCCAGAGGCCAACCGCAUCGCCGAGAAGCACGGCUUUGUCAACCUUGGACAUGUGUUUGGUGAUAUUUACCACUUCCGUCAUCGCAGGGUGGUUAAGAGGUCGCUGUCCGAUCACCGUGGUUACCAUGUGCGACUCCAGAGCGAGGCUCAGGUGACGUGGGUGGAACAGCAGGUGCUGAAGCAGCGGGUGAAGAGGGACAUCUACUCGGAUCCGUCAGACCCCAAGUUUGGCCAGCAGUGGUACCUGUACAAUCCCAACCAUCAUGACCUGAAUGCAAAAGGUGCCUGGGAGCAGGGCUUCACAGGGAAAGGGGUCGUCAUCUCCAUCCUUGACGACGGCAUUGAGAAGAACCACCCUGACCUCAUCCAGAACUAUGAUCCUGAUGCCAGUUAUGAUGUGAAUGACGGGGACUCGGACCCCCAGCCAAGAUACACACAGCUCAACGACAACAGACAUGGGACCCGCUGUGCUGGAGAGGUGGCUGCAGUGGCCAAUAACGGCAUCUGUGGAGUAGGAGUGGCCUACAACGCCCGCAUCGGAGGCGUGCGUAUGCUGGACGGCGAGGUGACUGACCUGGUGGAGGCCCACUCUCUGAGUCUCAACCCACAGCACAUCCACAUCUACAGCGCCAGCUGGGGCCCCGAGGACGACGGCAAGACCGUGGACGGCCCGGCCAAGCAAGCCAAGGAGGCCUUCCUGCGUGGCGUCACCGAGGGUCGCGGCGGCCUGGGCUCCAUCUUCGUGUGGGCGUCGGGCAACGGCGGGCGGGAGAAGGACAGCUGCAACUGCGACGGCUACACCAACAGCAUCUACACACUGUCCAUCAGCAGCAGCACGCAGUACGGCAACGUGCCCUGGUACAGCGAGGCCUGCUCCUCCACCCUCGCCACCACCUACAGCUCCGGCAACAUCAACGAGAAGCAGAUCGUGACCACUGACCUGAGACAGAAGUGCACAGACUCUCACACGGGCACGUCAGCCUCUGCCCCUCUUGCCGCUGGCAUCAUCGCCCUCGCUCUGGAGGCCAAUCAAAACCUGACCUGGAGGGACAUGCAGCACCUGGUGGUGCGAACCUCUCGGCCCGCCCACCUCAGCACAGACGACUGGAAGACCAAUGGCAUCGGCCGCAAAGUGAGCCACUCUUAUGGUUACGGUCUCCUGGAUGCCGGGGCGAUGGUUACCAUGGCGCAGAACUGGACCAACGUGGGUCCCCAGAGGAAGUGUGUCAUCUCCAUGGUGGCGGAGCCCAAGAACAUCGGCAGCCAUCUCGUGGUCACUAAGAACGUGGAGGCGUGUUUGGGGCAGGCCAACUUCGUCAGCUCACUGGAACACGUCCAGGCCCAGCUCACGCUGUCCUACAACCGCAGGGGCAACCUGGCCAUCUACCUGAUCAGCCCCAUGGGCACCCGCUCCACACUGCUGGCCCCCAGACCCCAUGACUACUCGUCGGAGGGCUUCAACGACUGGGCUUUCAUGACCACACACUCCUGGGACGAGGACCCCCGCGGGGAAUGGACACUGGAGAUCCGGAAUGUGGCUGGGGCCAGCGACUAUGGCACUCUGACCCAGUUCCUGCUGGUCCUGUACGGCACGGGCACCGACACAGUGGACACGUCCGGACCUGAUGUCAGUCAGACCAACAAAGGCAGCUGCAAGACCUUUGACCUCAACCAGAACUGCAUUGAGUGUAGCCCAGGUUAUCUGCUGUUCCAGCAGGACUGCGUCCACUCCUGUCCUCCCGGCUACACAGCUGGGGCCGAGCCGCUGAAGUACACGCAGGGCAACUGGGUGAUCCCGCCGUCUGUCCAGACCUGCCAGCCCUGCGUGGCGCCCUGCCUGACCUGUGCCGGCCUCACCCCGCAGGACUGCCUCUCCUGCCCGCCCCACAACCACCUGGACCCGGUCACGGGCACCUGCCUCCACCAGAACCAGAUCGAGCGCGAGUCCCCCGACACCAUGGCCGGGGCGUCCGCCCUGCAAUCUGCCGGCGGGCGCCGUCAGCGAGGGGCAAACGGCGACCCACAAGGUGCGUCCAUGCCUGCCACGGUGGCCGUCCUGAGUUGUGCCUUCAUCGUGGCGGCGUUCGUUGCCGUGUUUGCUGCGCUGCAGCUGCGCUCGAGCAACGCGGCGCCCAAGCGGCUACUCCUGGCCGAGACCGGCGCCGGCCUUCGUGAGGGCCUGAAGGAGGGCUUCCGCCAAGCUGGCCUCGGCCUGGGGCUGGGCAUGGGCUCUGGCCGCACCAUCUCCUACAAGGGCAUCCCCAGCGUGUGGCGCGAGGACGGCUCCGAGUCUGAGGUGGACGAGUUCGACGUCCACAACGAGAGGACUGCCUUUAUCAAAACACAAAGUGCUCUUUAACGGCCCCCUCCUCCCCUUCAAUCCCACGUUUCAGGAGCAGUCCAGAUCCGCAGUCCAGGACCGCCCCCCCCCACAAUUAUUUCUCUUUAAGGAAUUCUCACUCUGUUUUCAGUCAUUUUUGCCACAUUUUUGUUUUUGCUCUUUUCCUCUUCCUGGGGUUGUUUGGGAUCUCCUUCUCUCUUCUUGACCUUUUUCUCUGUGGAGUGCCCACCUCACAUGUCUUCGGAGAUUUGCAGGGUGACGCUCGUGAAAGGCCUGUCGCCGCGUGCACACGCUCACGGCUUGAAUGUGACUUGAGAUUACAAAUCAAAAUUCUCUCGGCUCUCCCUCCGAGCCGCGGAAAAAAGAUUAUUUUUUCUAAUGUUCUAAUAAAUCAUGCUCAUGAUUCCUCAUGUUUUUUACCCCCUUCUUCACAUCAUGUCUCUCCAGGCACCCCUUCACAUAUCCAGGUUGCCCUUUGAGAUUGUAAGUCGUAGGGGUGCGAAGUCAGGCUUGUGUGUGUGUGUGUGUGUGUGUGUGCGCGCGUAUGCCGUCGGUAGAAUGGCACGGAAUGGCUUGACACUCUUCCCAUGUUGUGUGUUUGCCUUCCUGUGGCGUGUGUUUGAUGCAGCCUGUCCAGACCGUCCUUCUGCGAGUGCCCUAUUGAUUCGGCCGUGACCGGCGAGCUCAGAGACGGCUGGGGAAAGGGUUCUUUAUUUUUCUGAAAAGGAGAUAAAUACCACAGGCCACACAGGCCCCUCACACAACAACUCCUGAGGCCGUUUAGCAAGAUAGAUGGGAGUUAAAGAGGUCCAUCCACUCCUGACGUGUGUGUGAGUGUGCAAGACAGAGCAGAAGUGCAGUGUUUCUUUGGAUGAAUGUAGUGUUUCAAGAGAUUGCAGCAGACUCAACUCUUUUUCUCACUCACUCCUACAGACAUAUACACUCUCACACACACCCAUAUAUACAAACACUUACAUGUGACUGCUUGAAAGAGACGGCCAUCAAAGUCAAUCCACAUGGCUUAAAAAUGGAUUUGUGUGAUUUCUGUGGGGCUGAAUGAACUGCAGUGAUCUCUCUUAUUCUCACGCAGAUACACACACACAGACACACAGACACAGAUAGACACAUACGUUCAAAGUUUGCGUUCAUAGUGAUCCCUGGUUUCAGUGCCAGUCGACCAGAACACAUCCCAUCCCUGAGCAGUGCAGGCGAUAAGUCCUCAUUAACCAGACGCGUCUCCUCACGUCUUUCGUGACAGCAGGGGCUUGGCCUAGAAAAGAGUUCACAUCAAAGCAAACUCGAACUUAAAACACCUUUUUUUGGUUGUUUGUUUUUUAUUUGUCUGUUUUGAUUUCACUGCUGGCACUACUAUAGGGGCCUAAAGUAGUUUGUCCCUCUUGUUUUAGCAAACUUAAGCAAACACGGCUCUGUGUGAGGCGUAGAAGGCCCAGAGUUCCUCAUGGAGACUCAUACUUUGCUGGCUCAUAAUUUUCCCUUGUGCUGACCAAUGCAAGAUAAUCACCCACAACAUUAAAGUUGCACACACUACAAGUUUCUUAGUGACCAGACCUUUGUGUCCAGGUUGUACUGUAAGCCUUGUUUCUAACACAACAUGACCUUGUCCAGGACUAAAUUAGUAGUGUAGUUAGUUCAAUAGUACAAAUGAUCCACUUUUUUCCAUUUAGGGUAGGUCCUUUAGCAUUAUAUUGUGUCCAUAUUCUAUAUGUCAAUAUAUAGACACCAGUCCUCCAGAUCAAGCCUUCUCACCUCUCCUCAAAUCCAGAUUCAGCACACUUUUAGUCCUGAAAUGCCUUUUCUGAUUGAAGAAAGAAGAUCAUGAAGAAUACUUGAUUGACUUGCUUAUCUCAAGCUACAAGCCUUUGUAGAAAUGAGCUCCUCCCCCUCGGUAUCAUGAAAAGCCAGCUCAAAAUAGUCUUUCAUGCCAUCAUAUCUUGUCAUAUCCUUGACACAAGAAUCACAUUGCAUUAAACAUGCACGUAUUGCUGUUCGAAGAGAGGCAGCAGUAAGAAGCUGUUAAGUUUGUGCCUGCGUCCCUGUGCGAAAGGGUAUUUAGAGAUGCAUCAUAUCCUUCCAGUGUUCUCUAAGAACCUAAGACUGCAUUAGCAGGUGGACUGACGAUUUGCUAAGUGCAUCUCCAGUUUACCAACUAAACCUUCUUUUUUUAUUUUUUUCUCCGAUUUCUUCUGAUGCUGCCAUCCCAGACACCAGGAAGACAUCAUCAAAAUUCAGGAUUGCACAUUCAUAAGAUUUUGUCAUCCAGGGAUUUCUGGGAGGUUCUUGGCUGCAGCAGCUCUUGUGUUUCCCUCUGUGCUGAUCUAGAGAGGCCUGUGGUCAUAUCUGCAGCAUGUGCUGAUCUAGAGAGGCCUGUGGUCAUAUCGGCAGCAUUUGGUGAUCUAGAGAGACCUGUGGUCAUAUCUGCAGUGUGUGCUGAUCUAGAGAGGCCUGUGGUCAUAUCUGCAGCGUGUGCUGAUCUAGAGAGGCCUGUGGUCAUUUCUGUAGCGUGUGCCUGUAAAUUCUGAUGCCUGCCUCACAACCCCAUGCUUCAUCGUUCCUUUGCCUAAUUUGAUGAAAUAAAGGAGGGUUUAAAAUGAUCUAUCAUACGUAAAAGGUGAAGGUGGCGGAAUCGAUUUUACACCCAAGCCUUCCUCAGCGAUGAAAAUUGCCGUAUUUUAUAAUUAAUUGUAAUAGAUAAAUGUAUGACUUACUGUAAGUGGAAAGUGGUAGAGGGGUGCUUGAGUGUAAGAGGGCCUUUCUUAUUGAAACAUUUUUAAUGGACUAUCAAUUUAUUCAUCCUUUCAGUGCCAAGCUUCUCUCUGUCUCCCCCACCCCUCUCUUGCCCUCUCUUUCUCUCUCUCCUACUCUCUCUCUCUCUUUCUAUCCGGGAAAAGUUUUAUGGGAAUUAAAUUUAUUGCUGUAAUAUAUUGUUUCUGUGUGGGUGCAGGACAGCUGGGAAGUAUGCCCUGAGCUCUGCAGCUGGUGAAGUCGUGUGGGGUCUUAAGAUUAGAGCUGCCCGUAACCAGCUUCAGGUGUUGCCCAAGAGGCCCCGGACGCCUUGUCCGUCUCUCUGAUGCUUCAGGGCGGCCCACAACCUGAACUCCAUCUCUUUUUUUUUUUUCUCCUCACAAAUUUAGAGAGCAGUUUAGAGCGGUGGCUAUGAUAGGAAAGCAAUCCGUGCCCAUGUUAAUCCACUGCUCAAGGUGGUUUCCCCUAAAGUGGUCUAUUUUUUGUAUUCUCAAAGGAAGAAAAAGAAUCCUCUAAUGGUGUCAUUCUGGAUAGUCCUCAUUGAUAGAUGAUUACGCCCCCUACUGUUCAGUCUUUGCAGUACAGUGUGUUAUUGAGUGUGAACGUGUGUGUGAGAGAGGUGUGAGAGUUCAGUUGGGGUAUAUGGUGUUGAGGGCAUUACCAAAGACUCUGAUAGUGUAAGUGUGUGUUCAAGUGAGAUGGCUCAAGCGUCCAGACUAAGAGCAGAGGUGUUGGUAGGUUCUCUGCUGCUCUCGAGCGUCCAGACUAAGAGCAGAGGUGUUGGUAGGUUCUCUGCUGCUCUGAACAGAGCCUCUGGUGUGGUGCAGCCAUGUGCUCAUGAAAUUCAGUUUCCUUUCCCUGUUAUGCCACCACCACCACAAAAAAAACAAAAAAACAGAGGGCUCCUAUUUCAGCCUGUAGGAGCAGAAGAGUGAAUGUGUUUGAUUUUUAAGUACAGCCUCUUGUAUGUAUAACACACACACAUUCAAGACACAACAUACACGGAUCAAGGGCUGAAUGUCUCUGUAUGCACUACAGAACCCACACACACACUGAUUUCUAUUAGACCUCGCUCCAUGUUUCAGACUGAGGUCACUAGCCUUUGGCUGCGUGGAGACAUCUUAGUAACAGAGACCCAUGAGUUAUGAUGGAUUGACUACCUGUGAUGGGACAACUAUUCUGAAAAUGGCCUAUUUUUGUACUAUAUAUAUAUAUGGUGCAGUGUCAUUUACAUGUAAUUUAAAAAAAAUUGCCUUUUUUUCCUUUUUAUUUAAUUGAUGUCAAUAUGCGGAUUAUAGAUUCUACGAAAAAUAAAGAUCUAUGCAAACUUUA